AGCGCACCAACCAUUGUUUGGGUUUUCGCGAGAUGCCACAACACCCGAUGGAAGUUUCCAAGGUGAUUCAGCCAACCCCCUCAUUUUGUCUAGCGUCGAUCGCGCAUGAACUCAAACAGACGUCAAACUGACGUUGACGCCGUCGGUCUCACGUUCCAGGGGAGGAAAGGACGUGAACACGGACAGGUGCGCUUCUCGCCCUCCCCGAGGAGGUGAAAGAAACCCCGCGAGCAACUCCACCGCUUUGGCCUCCCUCAUGGCGGAGCCGAUGAGGGUUCGCGUGGAGUUCGAGGACCAUCGCCGACUGCUCACCAAGUCCCAGCGGAAGGACGGCCUCCACCACUGCUGGAUCCUCCUCGGCCCCCACCUGCCCACCGUCGCUGAUCUCGCCGCCCACCUCGCCCGCUCCUUUGCUCUCCACCGCUCUUGCCCGCGCGGCAUCUGCCUCUACAUGGAUGAAUUUGUCUUACCUCCAUUUGAAUCAACCAGCAUCUUCAGGGACAAGGAUAUCAUCAGGGUGAGAAAGAAGGCUUGUAAACAGAGGCAGCUUCUUGGGACAUGUAACAGUGCAUAUUUCAUGCAAGAUUCUGAGAAUGUUGUGAAACAAUGCAUGCAAAUUGAUAAGAACCUUCUCGUUCAUCCAGAUCUCCCCGUGAACUCACGGACUAAUAAAAGAAACAAAGGAGAGGGUAGCUGUGAUUUUCAACAGAACACAACAAACAUCCAUGCAAUUUUGAGUGAAGAGACAAACUUGAAAAAAAAGGAGCAUAUGAACAAGACUCGGAUGUUGAAGAGAAGGAAAUUAAAUCCAAGCAACACUGAAAAGCCUAUCAUAACUGCUGAGCCAAAUGAGAACGUUCUAUUCGAAAAGAAUGAACGCUUUGUUCGGAAGAGAAGCAGCUUAAGGAGAAUUUUAAAUAGGAAAGAUGGGACAUCUGAUGGAGAUGGCAGAUGUGAUUCACUCAUUUCAAACAGGCUUCAUCAGGCGCAUGCAAACUAUUGUAGAAGUCAGCCUGAAUCUCAUGCUAAUGGCAAAGCAGAACAGAGUGAAUACCCUUUGCUUGUGGAUGUCGGUUUGUUGAAAGCAAUUUCUACGAGUGAUGGAAGCAAGAUGGCUGCACCAGCAAACAACUGGGAAGUAGCAGUAUCAGUAGCAAGAGCCAAGGAGUCGAGUACUCAUGUCACAGAGCCAAUGCCAAAUUCUGACUGGGGGCAAAUGCAGCAGUGUUUGAGUGAGGGAAUGAAGACUCGGCUUCAGGAGAAUAGAUGGGAUUGCUGGAUAGCAAAUAAGAUUAGUGCAACUCCCUGGCCAUGGGCGGUGAGUGGGAGAGGUGCAGUAGGGACUGCUGAUGGAUCUUUUCGAGGAAAAUGGCGCAAUCGUGCUCCUGCCAAGUAUGUUACUAAUCUCAAAUCUUCCAAGUCUUAGUCUUUUAUGGGAUUUGCUUCCCAUUUAUGUAUAUAUUUUAGUAGUAUGUCAAUACGUUAGGAAACUGAGUUGUGGAAUUUGUUAGGGAUUACAAGAGUAGUUUAACCUAAAUCUUGGUUUCUUUUGCUUAAAAAUUUCAUAUUUUCUGCA